ACGGAAUUGAAGAAGAUGAGCAAGAGAGGAGAUGGGUCUAGUAUGUCUGAGUCGUUGAUUGAUUCGAGUUCGAGGGGGUCGACUUCUGACUCGUCGUCGGACGAGAGUAGACGGAAGGGGGGCGGCUACUCGCCGCCGGCUCUGGGAUGGCCCAUCCGGAAGGCCCAGUCCACCAACUGCUCGAAGAAAGGUGUAGCUCAGCAACAGGCGAAGGCGAAGGCGAAUGAAGACGAUAAUGGCGAUGAUUCCAAGUUGAAGAACAAGCUUGACUCCAGAAUUCCAGAACUGGAGAUGAUGAAGGAGAGAUUUGCAAAAUUGUUGCUUGGUGAAGACAUGUCUGGCUGUGGUAAAGGAGUUUCCACAGCAUUAGCCAUUUCAAAUGCCAUUACCAAUCUGUGUGCUACUGUAUUUGGACAAUUAUGGAGGCUGGAACCAUUGCCUCCCGAAAAGAAAUCGAUGUGGCGAAGGGAGAUUGAAUGGCUUGUGGCUGUUAGCGAUUACGUUGUUGAGUUAAUUCCUUCUUGGCAAACACUUCCUGAUGGAAGUAAGCUUGAGGUGAUGAGUAGCAGACCACGAUCAGAUAUAUCGAUUAACCUUCCAGCGCUUAAGAAACUUGACAACAUGCUCAUUGGAAUUGUGGAUAGUUUCACCAGCACCGAGUUUUGGUAUGUGGAUAAAGGUGUGGUUGCAGCAGAGAAUGAUGGAUCGGCCUCGUUUUAUAAGGUCAUCCCACGCCAAGAAGACAAGUGGUGGCUGCCCGUGCCGAGGGUGCCUGCUGAUGGUCUCCCCGACGCCACGAGGAAGCAGCUAAACCACAAACGCGAAUGCACGAGCCAAAUCCUCAAAGCAGCGAUGGCGAUCAACAGCGUUACUUUGGCCGAGAUGGAAGUUCCAGAGUCAUACUUGGAAGCUCUUCCGAAGAACGGGAGAGCCUGCUUGGGAGAUGUCAUUUAUCGCUACAUAACAUCAGAUAGUUUCUCGUCAGAGUGCCUGCUGGAUUGCCUCGACGUGUCUUCUGAACACGUGGCUUUGGAGUUGGCGAAUCGCGUGGAGGCUGCAAUCUACGUUUGGCGUAGAAGGCACCACCACCCGAGACCCCCGACACAUCCAAACCGUUCCACCGCCAAAUCUUCUUGGGGCAUUGUUAAAGAUCUAGUGGUUGAUGGAGACAAGCGGGAUUUACUAGCAGAGCGAGCUGAGAAUCUUCUGCUUUGCUUGAAGCAGCGAUUCCCCAAUCUCGCCCAGACAACCUUGGACGCCACCAAGAUUCAGUGCAACAAGGAUGUGGGAAAGUCGAUCCUCGAGAGCUAUUCGAGAGUCUUGGAGAGUCUGGCUUUCAAUAUCGCAGCACGGAUUGAUGAUUUACUAUACGUGGACGACAUAACCAGGCAAUCCGAUAAGCAUUCUUCAGUUACUGCACUCAACACAUACGCGAACAGAAAAGUUUCGAGCCCAUUCUCCAUGCCCCCCCUCUCAGGCACCCCAUUCAAAUCCGCUUUUUCCACUCCAACCCUCUCACCCACCCCUCUGAUAAGCCCCGCCAGGGGAGGAGAGUUAACCCCAUUCCUCCAUGCCAACACUGCUAAGCUUGCCCGACGUGGCCUUGGAGUAAAACGAGCACUGUCCAACUACCUCGGUGGUGAGACAAAGACGAAGACCUGUGGAAAUCCUCUGGCCUCCAUUUCCAACAAAAGUUCCGGCUCACUAGCAUCGAAACCUUGCGUGGAAGCUCAAGAAUUGCAGAAGGAGCAGUGUUCUGUGUUAAAACCAGUUAACCGCUGAAACCUGUAGAGUUACAGACUUACCACUUGUAGAAGAGAGGGAUAUAUAUAUAGGGAGCACACAAUCAAAUUCUGGACAGUUGACAUACAAAUUGUUGCAGAACUAAUUGUAUUCCAUAAACUCUGUUCAUUUUUCAUGGAAAUAGCAUUCUUAGUUACAUUCUAUGC